UGAAAAGCCCACACGGCCUUACUAUUUUGGCUAGUUAGGUCAUAAAAAUUUCGUCCCAAAACUUAGUCCAAACCGGCCCGGACGAGACAUGGGUGGAUUGUUUCAACUUCAGCCCGGCCCGCCCAAUAAUCACCUCUACCUCGGUCCUCGGGGUACGGUGCCCGGUGUAUUCAAAUUCUACGACAGCAAGCAUACCCUGUUGCUGAAGAAUAAUGGAGAACGAUCGCCUAAUUUCUUCUCUUCGCUCCCAAAUUGAUUCUCUCCAUUGCCGCAUCAAGAAUUUAGAGGUUGAGAAUGCAGAAAUGGCAUCGAAACUUUCGCAUUGCCGUUGUUCUAAGGUUGAGAAUGCUAGUGAUUCUAGUGUGAGUAAUGAUUUAGCUUCGGUUGAAAUUGCUCAAAAUUUGCAUCAAAAGAGUGGCAAGAGCAGGAAAACAAAGUCUCAAGAUAGCAAUGUGAGCAUCUUGCAUCAUCAUCCCAAGAGAUAUGUCGCCCUCAAAGUAUUUUAUUUUGGUCAACGGUUUUAUGGCUUUGCAUCAGAGGUGCAAAUGGAACCUACUGUUGAGUCUGAACUUUUCAAAGCUUUUGAGAAGACAAGGCUAUUGAUUGAUGAUAGAAAGGGUUCACAGUAUUCUAGAUGUGGCAGAACAGAUAAGGGAGUCUCAGCUGUUGGGCAAGUGAUUGCUCUAUACCUACGGUCAAAUCUUAAGGCUGAGACAAGUUCUGACAGAGUCGUUUGUGAAGGGCAAUAUGAAGGUGAGAUUGAUUACGUGAGAAUACUGAAUAAAGUUCUUCCAAAAGACAUUCGGAUUACUGGUUGGUCUCCAGCUCCUGUAGAUUUUCAUGCGAGGUUUGGGUGUUUGAGCAGGGAAUACAAAUAUUUUUUCUGGAGUGAAAAUCUUAACAUAUCAGCAAUGCAGACAGCAGCUAAGAAGUAUCUGGGUGAACACGACUUCAGGAAUUUCUGUAAAAUGGAUGCGGUUAAUGUGCACAACUAUAAGCGAUGUAUCACGUCAUUUGAUAUCACCCCAAGCAGUGAAAAGUUUAAAGACAAAGAAUUAUGGGCCAUCAUAAUUAGAGGCAGUGCAUUCCUAUGGCACCAAGUUCGAUGCAUGGUUGCUGUAUUAUUUAUGAUUGGAAGGGGCCUAGAAUCAGUAGAAAUUAUAGAUGUUUUACUUGAUAUUGAGAGAACGCCUAAGAAGCCUCAGUAUACUAUGGCCUCAGCAUUGCCUUUGGUUCUAAGCUCUUGUGAAUUUGAAGGUCCGCAGUUCUUUACUUCAGCAGAUGCAAGACAGGCAUUAUGCGCACACUUGGAAAAUGAAUGCCAAAAUUUCAUGCUGCAAUUUGCUAUUUUUAGUAAUGCUCUGGAUAGUUGUUCGUCCAUAGAAGAUGAUGAAGGAAGACAUUCCCUUACAAAAGCCGCUGGGAUGAAGAAAUGCGUGCACAUACCCUUGAGGACAAGGCCAACUGAGCCUUCAUACGAGGAACGGCGUGCCAAGUUGAACUCAUGAGGCCUUAGUGAAGAAUUUUGUGGAUUGAUGAGCUUAAGCUGCUAAAUGAGCACUACAUAUUUCUCAGAACUCUUUUUUUUUUUUUUUUUUUUUUGUUUUUUUUUUGCAUCUUGUAUUAUGAGUUUAUGACCUAACUUGAGGAAUUAUAACCAUGAUCCUUAUUUGUAGGUUAACAAUGCUUGUAUAAUUUCAUGUUUAGAUCUUAGGAUUUGUGAUAUUAUUUUAUGAAAUAUGUACUUGUGGUCAUCAUUCUAUUUUUCCAUUAAUAUGAUAGAUUACACAACAGAUACACCCAGGAAGAUCCCCUCAAAGAAAAUUAAUUGAGGUUGAAGUUUGGAGCACUUAGCCAAGCACUAGACCUCUGUUAAGGUUCAAUCCUCAAUAGGGAUUACUUUUUUUUUUUUUUUUUUUUUUUUUUUUUUUUUUU